AUGCCUAUCUCAACACAAAUAUCUGUGGAUGGACCGAGAACAUCAGUGUUGAAUGCGAAGGUGAACUAUGAGACGGCAGCGGAGACACUCAGUAUCAAAGAAUCGGAGGGAAGUGAAAGUGAUUCUGAUGAGGAGAGUGGAAUUUCGGAUGAGGAGCAGACAGUACCGUUUUUGAAGAGUGCGCUUCAAACUGUGUCUGCUCUCUCUUCCCGCCAAAUCUUAUCCAUUUCAAUGCUUAGUCUUGCCAACUUGUGCUCAACUAUUGCCUUCUCAUGUAUCGCACCAUUCUAUCCAGCAGAAGCCAAACUGAAAAAUCUCUCGGAAACUCAAACUGGAAUAGUUUUUGGAAUUUUUGAAUUUACCAUGUUCAUAAUUUCACCAAUUUUUGGGAAAUACAUUAUCUUAAUUGGAGCUAGGACAAUGUUCAUUGUAGGUAUCGCUGUUACUGGUUUCACUGCAAUCUUGUUCGGAUUCUUGAACUAUCUACCGUCGGGUCAAGUGUUUUUCUGGUUCAGUGUAUUGGUACGGAUAUUGGAAGCUGUCGGAGACGCUGCGUUUGUUACUUCUAGUUUUGCAAUUGCUGCCAAAAGUUUCCCGAAAAAUGUUGCAUUCGUUGUGGGAAUACUUGAAACAUUUGCUGGUCUAGGAUAUACAGCUGGUCCUGUAAUUGGAGGACUUUUAUAUGAUAUUGGUGGAUUCCAACUUCCAUUCCUGGUACUUGGUGUUGUAUUGUUAGUUGCUGCUGUCUUGGCUUUCUUUGUGAUCGAAAAUAGCAAAGAUGACGAAACUAAUGCAGAAGGCAAGGGAAUGUUGGAAAUUUUGAAACUCCCUCAAAUCUGGCUACCCAUUUUUUCCGUAAUAUCCUGCGCUAUUUCUUUAUCAUUUUUAGAUCCUACACUAUCGAACCAUCUAGAAUCAUUCAAAUUGACGCCAACAGAAAUCGGACUCAUGUUCUUGCUUUGCGGAGGGUUCUACACAGUAAUGUGCCCGGUAUUCGGUGCAAUUAUGGAUCGUCUUCACAAUGGUAGCACACUUCUGUUUUUUGGAUCAAUCGCUACACUUCUUUCUAUGUUCUUUAUCGGACCUACACCACUUCUUAGCGGAUAUGUUGAAAAAGAUUUAUGGGUCAUUGGUAUAUCUUUAGCUGUUCUAGGACUUGCUGCAAGUGCUUUAUACAUUCCAUGCUUCCAGAUGUGUCUUGAUGAAGUCAAAGACAAGGGAUUUGACGACAACUUCCAAACCUAUGGUUGUGUUUCCGGAAUUUUCCAAGCAGCAUUCGGAUUUGGCUCAUUCAUUGGUCCAACAUUCGGAAGUGUCGUUGUAGAAAGCGAUUACGCCAAGCAACAAGCCGAAAAACACAAAAGAAAAAUAAUUCUGCCAAACGUUAUCUCUUGGGAGUAUGGAACAAAUAAAUACGCAUCACAGAAGGGUCAAUCUGCUUUCGGCACUAUUCGUAACACUAAACUGAACAACGACUCGGAUGUCCAAUAUUGGAAGAAAAAUGACGUUGUCCACUAUGUGUAUGAGCAAGUUCCGAAUGAUGACAAAAAGGAUGCAAAAUCGCCAGAAGAACCAUCAGACAGCCGCCCCACAUCUUCUGCAUCUUCAGUUCCCCGAUUUGAGUCACAACAUAACACUGACGCUAGCGACGAGCAGUACAAGGCAUGGAUCGGAGGACAGACUACAACGUUCACGCCGGCUAAGUCCAACGAGUGA